AUGCAACCAUAUUCACGAUUUGGAGGAACGAGGAGAUGUUUUUACGAAUUCCAAUUGUUAGUUGAUUGUCAUACAUCAGCCGAUACCAAAUCGAAAAAACAAUGUUUACCUAAAUUUGAAGAUUAUAAUGAAUGUUUACAUGGAUUGAAAGAAAGAGAGAAAGUAAGAACUUUGUUGAAUCAACUUGAUGAGAAUGCCAAGAGUGGAAAGGGUGUUACAGCUAAUGAAUUGUAUAAGAAGGAAAAUCAGGUUUAUGAGAAUUUGAACUUGAUAAAGAAAGAGUAG